UCUUCAAUGUGCGUUGCGUUUUGUGUUUUGUUUCGAUAUGCAGUCAAUUUAGAUGAAAAAAAAACAACCUGAAAAUAAAAUUAAACAUUAUCUUGUCCUUUAAAAAAUCAUAAAAUAUGCCUAAACUAGAAGAAAAACCCAAAGUUCUUCUGGAAGAAUUUCGCGUAAAGAAUGCUCCUGAUGAUUAUGGGAUGGCAGAUGAAAAAUGGAGCUUUAAGAAAUUCUCGAAAAACUUUCGUAUUGUGAUUGUUCGCAUGGACAGUUCAGAAAUGGAGUUUGAUUUGAUUGGCAUCCAACCUGCCUUUUCCAAUGCAUUUCGUAGACUCAUGUUAAGUGAAGUACCAAGUAUGGCAAUUGAAAAAGUCAUGAUUAAAAAUAAUACAUCCAUUAUACAAGAUGAGGUUUUAGCCCACAGAUUAGGUUUAAUUCCACUUAAAGCAGAUCCAAGACUUUUCGAAUAUCGGCCAGAAGAUGCAACAGAAGGAACAGAAUUUGACACAUUGGAAUUUUCGUUAAAAAUCAAAUGUACUAUGAAUAAGUCUCAGCCUAAGGAUUCCUUUAGAACAGAAGAUUUAUAUGAAAAUCAUAGUGUAUAUUCUUCAGCAAUUAAAUGGCAACCUAUUGGCAAUCAAGCAUCUGUGCAUAAAGAAGCUGAUAUAGGUCCUGUACAUAGCGACAUACUCAUAUCGAAAAUGAGACCAGGCCAUGAGUUAGAUCUUCAUUUGGUUGCAGUAAAAGGCAUUGGCAAAGAUCAUGCUAAAUUUUCUCCUGUUGCGACUGCCUCUUAUCGCUUAUUGCCUGAAAUAACAUUAACACGUGAAGUGAAAGGCAAUGAAGCAACUUUACUGCAAAGUUGUUUUUCACCUGGAGUAAUUGGGCUUGAUACUGAUGGGAAAGCCUAUGUUAGAAAUGCCAGAUACGACAGCUGCAGCCGGAAUGUGUACCGAUAUGAUGCGAUAAAAGAUGCAGUCAUAUUAAGCAGAAUAAGAGAUCAUUUUAUAUUUAAUGUGGAAUCCGUCGGAGCUAUGACACCAAAUAUAAUAUUUGUCGAAGCAGUCAAAAUUUUAAGAGAUAAAUGUAAAUCUUUGUUGGAUGAAUUAAACAGUUUUUAAAAACA